AUGCUUUUCCGACCUCUGGCCGCGGCGCCCUCGAGCGAAAACAACAAGAAUAGGUCCGUAGGCGUUUUUCAGAUGGAGCACCGUGUUCUGCCGUCCAUUCCACAUUCACCUGAAACGCGACGCAUGCACGGGAGAACGUUCGCAGACGCGAAAAAAACAUGCAUCAAGCACCCUUCAACAUGGCAAGGAAGACACGGACAGGCGAGAUGCACAGCAGACGAAACACCAAAGCGGCAGUCCUGCGACCCUCGAAACAAUCGGGAAAAGGCACCUAAACAACCUUCUGGAAGAAUAGCUGAAGAAGACACACAAAACGAACAACUCUCAACAGACGCCAGCCACCAGUCUGAGCGAGCGGAGAUGCCUGUGAAGCUCCAUGACGUAGAUGUGUGUGUAUGUGGGAAACGAUAUGCUUCUCUACAUGUCUAUACAGAUAUGAUGAGACUAAUUCGGCAAUGCAUGAAAAUGCAUGGAAUAUAA